UGAUUUAAAUUCACAUUUGUUCUCCCUCACCGUUAUUUAUUCAGCCCAAAGUCCUUCCAGUACUACCUCAUAACCAGUUUUUCUCCCAUCACAAUGGCAUUUAUGCCCAUCCCAUGGCUUCUUUUGACGCAAUUUCUAAUCCUAGUUCUCAAAUGCGAUGGAAAAGUCCCGGCAAUUAUAGUCUUUGGAGACUCGUCCGUUGACGCCGGGAAUAACAACCAGAUCCCGACGAUUGCCAGGAGCAAUUUCGAGCCUUAUGGUCGCGACUACGUUGGGGGCCGCCCAACUGGUCGAUUUUCCAACGGCCGAGUUCCUACUGAUUUUUUAUCUGAGGCAUUUGGUCUCAGGCCAACCGUGCCGGCUUACUUGGAUCCAACGUACAGAAUAUCUGAUUUUGCUGUUGGAGUGACAUUUGCCUCUGCUGGAACCGGCUAUGACAAUGCUACUUCUGAUGUGCUAUCCGUGAUACCAAUGUGGAAGGAACUGGAAUACUACAAGGAAUACCAAACCAAACUGCGAACCUACCUCGGUGACCAAAAGGCCAAAGAAACCUUAACCGGGGCAGUCUACAUCAUAAGCCUAGGAACGAAUGACUUCCUAGAAAACUACUACACCCUCCGCGACAGGCGAUCCCAGUACACCAUAGAGCAGUACCAGGUUUUCCUCGUCGGAAUCGCCAGGGGUUUCGUCAAGGCCCUGUUCGAUUUGGGAGCCAGGAAGAUUUCCCUCGGCGGGGUUCCUCCCAUGGGGUGUUUGCCGCUGGAGAGGACGGUGAAUUUUCGGGAUGGAAAUAAGUGUCUGGAGAGUUAUAAUGUUGUGGCCAUGCAGUUUAAUGGUAAGCUGAAGGGUUUGGUAGGGGAGCUGAAUAAGGAGUUACCGGGGAUUACGCUGGUUUUCUCAAAUCCGUAUUACAUUUUAAUGCAAAUAGUCCGGAGACCUUCUUUAUAUGAAUUUUCUGAAGCAGCAAUGGCAUGUUGCGCCACCGGAACGUUUGAGAUGGGCUAUGCGUGUGACCGGUUCAAUCCAUUAACUUGCAAGGAUGCAAACAAGUUCGUGUUUUGGGACGCCUUUCACCCCACUGAGAAAACAAACCAUAUAAUUGCUCAACAUAUGGUUACGACUGCUUUGUACAAAUUUCUUUAAUUCAUGAUUCUGUCAGAGGAGUGGGGGUGUUUUUCUACGUACGGUGGAUGGCGGAGUUUUAUUUAUUUAUGAAUAGGCCCUUUUGUAUAGUACUAAAUAAGGGUUGAUUGAUUACCUGAUCGAUCGCCUGUAUUUUGAUCGAAUAAACUUCCUAUAUAUUGCAGUAUA